CCAAGACGACGCAACAUGGCAGCUCUACAUUCAGUCGGAGUUUUUGUGGCAGUUUUAUUUGCUUCAGCUUCUUUAAUAACCUGUGAUGACACCUGUGUGGCUUACUUUGAUUCGAGUGGUAAUUGGCAUGGCAGUUUUGAUUGCAAUGGUAUACUUGAUGGUGGAGACACGUGUUGUGGUACCUUAAUAGACAAGUAUUGCUGCUAUGCGAGUGACACCUGUGCCGCUUACCUUGAUUCGAGUGGUAACUGGCAUGACAGUUUUGAAUGCAACGGUUUACUUGAUGGUGGAGACAGGUGCUGUGGUACCUUAAUAGACAAGUAUUGCUGCUAUAAUUCUGGUGCAGCGGAUUAUUAUUGGCGUGGAUGGUAUACUUGGACUAUGUAUUGUCUCGUGUUUGUGCUGCUGCUGUACAUGCAGUGAUCACUGGCACAAAAUAUGUCCAGCAUCCUAGCUUUGGAUCUGCAGCUGACGUCAUACCUUAAUGCUAUGCAACAAUAUGGCACUCAACCAUAGUAUGCUGCCGCUAGUUACCCAAUGAGUUGUUUAUAUACCUAGAGUUACUACUGACCCUCCACCAUAUGUAAAGGGCGGUUAGAAACCAAAAUACUAACACAUAUUAUGAUAUUGAUACCAUUUAUCUGUAUUUUUUUAUUUGUAAGAAUGUAUUGUCUGCACACUGGUGUUAUGUAACCUUGACAUCAGGAUUGCAAUAGUUACGCUUUUCUCAAGUUUCCGUGUCAGCUUCUGGAUAAUUUUACCACUCAUUUUCUGUGGUCUGGCAUUUUUGAACACCCAUAAACCCACCGCGUGGAAUUCUUACACAUCAAUCUCCUAUCUUACAAUUCAGGACAAUGUAAGUUUGGCUAAAAUCAUUACCCUUGAUUAGUUGACCCACGAAACCCACAAACAGUUAAUAGACUGAAAAAGUGCUUCAUUCUCUUCUAUUAUGGUAUCCACUAUUAUCCUGCAACAAACAAUUUUGUCCAACGACCCCGGUUGUUAGAACUGUUGUUCUAAGGCAUUCUGCAUUCACGUCUCAACAUUCACGUGUUCGUCUGUGAACUCAUUGGUCAUUUUUACAUUAUUUACAUUCUGUAUUUUUUGCAAUAAAUAGCAUUCUACAUCGGUUGUUUAUGGGGGAGACGUAGCAAACAUAGGGGCCAAAAUUAUUGCCUGUCAACCAAUGAUUAUGCAAGACGUAUGCGAGUAUUGGCCUACAUACAGCGACUGAAAUACGAUGGUCUGGGACAGUGAAGCUAGUCUAAUAAGAUGGCCUGGGGCAGUCUGCCUAUUACAAUACCAUGGUCUGGGGCAUACUGUCUGGCUGUCAUACUAUUUUGGUCGUGGAUCAGCCUAGCUACCAUAAUACCACUGGAUACUCUGAGGCAAUCUAGUUAUUAGAAUAGGAUAUGAUGUGAGACAGUCUAGUCUAAUCCAUGGUAGUCUAGCAACAAUAAAGUCGCCAUACAAGAACUAAACUGGCAGGCCAGAUCGUCGUAUUAUACACUCAAUAAAAUUAUAGAAAAUACCGGUAUGUGAUACAUGCAUAUAUGUUCAAACGUCACUGUAUUUCAUUGUAUGUUUGCCUACUUGUCCGCCUCCGACAUGCAUCAUUACUUGCAUACACCGUGUAUAAACAUUGACGAACAGACAAUAAUGUUGGUCUCUGUUAGACUUGCAUACAUUAUCUUGUUUAUUGUUUCUUGAAUGAUUCAGAAAUAAAAUAUAAUGGAAGUAUGUAAAUCGCAAAAGCCGGGUUUCCGCGAUAUAAAUUACCUUGUUUAUUUCGUGGCAACUCGGCUUUCACCGUUUAUACACUCCCAUAUUAACUAUGCACUAUGAUGCCUGAGAAAUACAAAUGAUUUUUUGUAAUUGCUGUGAUACUUGCGAAUAUUGUAACUGUAAAGUACAAAAAGUAAGAUAUACCUGUGUACGAGAGGCAAUAUAAAUUUAAUAACAAGUAACCAGAUUAUUUAGUUUUAAUGUUUUAUUGUAUCGUUAUGCAAGACAUGUGCCCUAGUAUCGAAUUACUAGCAUGUAUAUCAUGCAUGUUCUUAUAUGUUUUGUCAAUUUUCUCAAUAUCACAGAAAUGAUCACAGAUGAUAUCGAUGUAAUAUGUUUUGAAAUAAAAUGCAAUUGUAAUUA